AGAUUUUGAAUCGGUCAAUGUACUUGCUGAAAAAACAAAUGAAGAGUUGAGUGAUCAAAAAUUUGUAGGAUGUCACAACAAAGUGGACUUGGAGCAGCUUGGUCGAAGCGUGAAAGAUACGAAAAGUUCUAGUAACAAGAAGAGAGGAAGAGGAAAAGACAAAAGUGAAAAGGUUGACGGAAAGAGAAGGUAUUAUGGAACUAGCUAA